AUGACAUCCACAACACCAGCUGUGAAGAGAAGAGCAUGUGUGGCGUGCACGAUUGCCAAGGCGAAAUGUACUCCACAGACUGUCAAUAUGUGCCAGCGAUGCGCUCGUCUGGGGAAGUCAUGUACAUACCUUGAUAUUCCGCAGACGAAGCGGAAACACAGAGCUGCACCAAGCCGGGUGGAGCUGCUGGAGAAAAAGGUCGAGCAAUUGAAGUCGCAGCUGGCUGUCUUGACCAGACAGAAUGGGCAGACAUUGCCCGAAACUUUCACACCACUCACCGAUAAUGACUUGGGCUCCUCUCGCACCUCUGACCUGGACUCUGCAGAUAUUAGUACGCUGCUAGAGGUUGCUAAAGACCCAGCCCAUGGCAUCCACCCGCCGACCAGCUCUGUACUGUCGGGCCAGCUGUCUAUCGUGGAGCGAGGGCUGAUGAGCGAAGCAGAAGCUGAACGCUUAGUUGCGACUUAUCGGUUGGAAUUUGUCCACAGAUUUCCAUUUGUACUACUCGCACCUAGUGAGACAGCCCCUGAUAUAAAUCCGGAUGAGCAUCGAGCGCUACUCGGUACAUAUCGGUUGUCGAAUAGCCUGUCUUACUCACUUGGUCGGCCGACUGGUAUAGAGCAUGACUCUCGGAUCGACGAGCGCAUUGCAAGUCUAGAAUAUAUGGAGCAUCUGUCGGAUCGUUGCAUUACACCAUUUAUCCGCCUACAGUCAUUUGUGACGACAAUGGAUGAAGUAUAUGCUUCUGUACAAGCGAGCGGUGGGAGGACUGCUGUACAAGUUAUACGCAACUCACUGCAACGACAAUUCGAUAGCAUGAGGGCACUUGUAGAGGUAGACCUCUCAAGCUGUCCUUCCUCCACAGGGAACACAGUGCUCAUCGAAAUCAAACGCGCGGAGAUGCGGCUUGACGAGCUAUCUCUUCGGGAAAAGCUAUGGAAUACAGAGCCUGCGAGCCCUGUCCGGAUAGCAAUGCUGAUUGGUAUAAUCCAGCGGAGCAGAGAGCUCAUUCAUAUGAUCAGAAACCUCCCGUCGUCGGAGAUUGACCAUCUGACGGUAUCAACAAGUGCCAAUUUAUGUGCUGCAAUAGGCUACAUGCCCAUUGCUGUUUUGAGUCUCGUGAAUCUUAUAAGUACCAGCUCUGUCGACUCUGCCAUAGAGGCCCAGGUGCAGGCCGUCGCUGAUGUGGCUGAGUAUCCUAGUAUUGUCACAGAGCUUGCUAACACGCUGGAAAUGAAGUUUGAGGGAAUGUCUGCUGCAGACAAAGAGGCAGAUAUUGUGGGGAGCAUUUGCACGAAGAUGCGGCUGUUGGCACGCUGUUAUCCAUAUCAGAUCAGGGCAAUUGGUGGGAAUAAGCACCUAUCCCAAGAUGCGAGGCAGCAUACGUCCACGAUGGCAGUUGACGCAAACGAGGGUAUAAUGACACAAGCCUGGCCGUCUAUUUAUGGAGAUCUGGACGAUAUUUUUCCUAUCGAUGACAUUCAGUGGGAUCAGCUAUUGAGCGAUUUUACCGGUUUUAGCUAG